AAUGGGCUCCCAUAUUAAGUGCAUUACGGUAGGGGCGCUACUGCGUCUAUUACGGUAGCUGAGGGCUGUAGCGUAAGCUAGGAAUGGCGGCAGCCAGUGGGUCAGUAGUGUGUAUGUACUCGGCCAUGCUGCGUGGGCUCUGGGAACACUAAAACUCAGAGGGAAACACUCUAUUGUGCUGGGGAUUGCUGGCCACUGAGGGGAGCUGUGGCUGCAUUUAAAGGGUUAGUAUUCGAUAUGAGUUUAAAGGGGGAAAUUCUGAGCAUGUAUGCUUAAUGGUGUAUUAUGUGAUCUGUAGGUGCGGAUUUUGGUGGAUAACUUUGGUGUGGAGCCCACAUGAGAUUCUUAUGGUUGUCAUGGUUGCUGUAUAUGAUUUAAUCUAUGUCACUGUUUUAUCACUGUGAAACAUAUAUUUUGCUAGUAUCUGUUUGUUGUAUAUUUUUAGUAAAUUGGCCUAAUGAAGUAGAUUCUAUCAUUGAUGCUGUUUUUUACAAUUGAGUAUUUUUGGAUUAAAUAAAGGUAAAAGCUGUUUCAAAUUAAUUUGCCCUCCCAUUUCGGUUGAUUCAUCUUUUUGUUCAGAACCUGCUUAGUGUUACAGUUUUGGCGUCACGAACAGUUGUUUAUUAUUAUAAUUAUUUUAUUUUCUUUUUUUUUAUUAAUUUUUUUGUCUGUGGGUUGGCAUAUAGUUUGAAGUUAGUAUCAUAGUAUAUAAAACAGUGACAUAGAUAGAAGACAGUGUAACUCUGGUGGGAAGCCCUAACAUUGGACCACAUUAGAAGACUCCAAGGUACAGGAUGUCUGUUGUGGAGCUAGAAGAGGAGCUAACGGCCUUACGUGGAAGACUGGUCAGAGAAAAGACUGAGAUGGAUAAAUUGAAAAAUCAAAAUGAUGUACUGACCGCCCAGUUAUUGGGCAAGGGACAGACUCCACCUGGGAAAGCUAAGAGCCCACAAAGUUCUUGCCCACCUUCACCUGCUGUGUCUGCUCCUGCAAGUAAUUUGGUUACCUCAGUUGAAGUGAUGUAUGUACCUAAGGAUAAAAAGAAUGUAAUAUUUUCGGGUCAACCAGGUACUAUGCCCUUCCAUGAGUGGGUAGAUGAAUUACAAUGUUCAUUUAAUUUUCGGCGUUAUGGGGCAAGGGAGCAAGCAGCUUUUCUUUAUGAUCAUUUAGAAGGUGAGGCAAAGCAGGAGAUUAGACAUAGCUCCAUUGAGAUUAGGAGAAAUCCUACUUUAAUACUGGAUACAUUGAAAGAAGCAUAUGGACAGCCAUUUUCACUUACAAUUGCCCAAAAGAGAUUUUUCGAUAGGAAACAGAAGGAAGGAGAGGGCUUACGAGAGUUCUCACAUGCUUUGCUGUCUCUGUCUGAGGAUAUUAAUAGGUGUAAUGGGGGAGUGGAACUGUGCAGUGACCAAACAGUACGAAACCAGUUUGCAGAGAAUGUAAGGGACCCAUUUUUGCGCAGGGAACUGAAAAGGUUAAUUCGACAGGACCCCGAGACUAAGUUUAGCUCCCUUCGUAGAGAAGCAAUAUUGUUUUGGGAGGAUGGUCAGAUGAGUGGGAAAAAUGCUCAUGUACAUGAAAUGGGGGCAGAGGGAGUUGAAUGUGCAAGGGUUAUUGGUAGUACUUCUAACCUUGAUUCUUUCAUUUCUGAAUUUAGGGAUAUGUUAAAGAAACAGGAGGAGAAGCUGGAAGGACUUACACAGAAGGUAGAAGCUCUACAAAUGCAGAAAGGUAGGCGUAUGGGGCGAUUAAGACAGGAACCUAGGUUUGAUUCUGCUGGUAGGCCAAUAUGUUUUAAAUGUCAAGGGGUUGGUCAUAUUGCUAGGUUAUGUCGAGCAGGAGCCACUAACCCAGAUUUGAAUUAUAGUCAAGGAGUACUUCCAGAACAGACACGGGUUGUGGGGCAGGUGCAGGAGCAGCAGGGAAACUUCAGCCCCCUGUAGUGCAGAGCCAACUUACAGGUGGGGGGCAGCCAGGCUCAGGAGACAUUAUUAGUCCUUCUAAAG